GGUCUUCCGGAGGAGCCUGCGGCUGAAUCCUGCCUGGAACAAUGGGAGUGCUAUAGGGAGGAGUGGGCUACUGCCAUCUGGUGAAAGACUCCCGGAGCCACAGCUCCAGCUGGGAAUUUUUUUCGGCAAAAUAUUGGCGCUGAAGUACAGUAGGCUAUAGCAGGGGUUCUGAAACUGUAAAAUGCGUGUAAUGACCUGGUCGUCGUGGUAAAUGCACAUUCUGAUUCAUUGGAAUGCAAUGGGACGCCUCAGGCCGCUGGGACAGGCUGGCCUCCGCGCGGGGGCGCCCGAGCAGCCGCGCUGCCGGGCCUUCCGGCCGCCCCGCCGGAAGUGCUCUCCUGACCUGCUGCCGUGCAGCGCACCGCACCCCGGGAAGAUGGCGUUGGAGGUCGGCGAUAUGGAAGAUGGGCAGCUUUCCGACUCGGAUUCCGACAUGACGGUCGCACCCAGCGACAGGCCGCUGCAAUUGACGAAAGUGCAAGGUGGUGACAGUGCUAUGAGGGCCUUCCAGAACACGGCAACUACAUGUGCACCAGUAUCACAUUAUCGAGCUGUUGAAAGUGUGGAUUCAAGUGAAGAGAGUUUUUCUGAUUCAGAUGAUGAUAGCUGUCUUUGGAAACGCAAACGACAGAAAUGUUUUAACCCUCCUCCCAAACCAGAGCCUUUUCAGUUUGGCCAGAGCAGUCAGAAACCACCUGUUGCUGGAGGAAAGAAGAUUAACAACAUAUGGGGUGCUGUGCUGCAGGAACAGAAUCAAGAUGCAGUGGCCACUGAACUUGGUAUCUUGGGAAUGGAGGGCACUAUUGACAGAAGCAGACAAUCCGAGACCUACAAUUAUUUGCUUGCUAAAAAACUUAGGAGGGAAUCUCAAGAGCAUACAAAAGAUCUAGACAAGGAACUAGAUGAAUAUAUGCACGGUGGCAAAAAAAUGGGAUCAAAGGAAGAGGAAAAUGGGCAAGGUCAUCUCAAAAGGAAACGACCUGUCAAAGACAGGCUAGGGAACAGACCAGAAAUGAACUAUAAAGGUCGAUACGAGAUCACAGCGGAAGAUUCUCAAGAGAAAGUGGCUGAUGAAAUUUCAUUCAGGUUACAGGAACCGAAGAAAGACCUGAUAGCCCGAGUAGUGAGGAUUAUUGGUAACAAAAAGGCAAUUGAACUUCUGAUGGAAACCGCUGAAGUUGAACAAAAUGGUGGUCUCUUUAUAAUGAAUGGUAGUCGAAGAAGAACACCAGGUGGAGUUUUUCUGAAUCUCUUGAAAAACACUCCUAGUAUCAGCGAGGAACAAAUUAAGGACAUUUUCUACAUUGAAAACCAAAAGGAGUAUGAAAAUAAAAAAGCUGCUAGGAAGAGGAGAACACAAGUGUUGGGAAAAAAGAUGAAACAAGCUAUUAAAAGUCUAAAUUUUCAAGAAGAUGAUGAUACAUCACGAGAAACUUUUGCAAGUGACACAAAUGAGGCCUUGGCCUCUCUUGAUGAGUCACAGGAAGGACAUGCAGAGGCCAAGUUGGAUGCAGAGGAAGCCAUUGAAGUUGAUCAUUCUCAUGAUUUGGACAUCUUUUAAGUACAUUUUCAACAGUUUGAGGACUAAGCCUUUCUAAAAUAACAUUGUAAUAAACCAUUUUUACUGAGAUUGCAACAUUUUGCACUGAUAAACAUGAGAAUCUGGAGGAAAGACAAUUGUUUUCUUAUUUAAAAUAUGUGCGGAAAGGAAUGCAGUUGAUAGAACAUUUAAAGAUAUCUCAUAUCUGACAAAAUACUUAGAGUAUAUAACACAGGAUUUAAUUUCUCAAUCUGUUGCAUGUGCUAAUUAUGAGUAUUACUAGUUGAUAAUCAGUUUUGUCUAUGUCAUAACAUACUAUUUGAAAGUUUGUUUGCUUUUUCAAGUUUAUCUUUGCAGUGAAUUAUGCUUUGGCUUUAAAACAUUCCACUAAAAUCAUAAUGGGACAUAUAAAUUAUUAAGCUGUUAGAAAUGCAUUCAAAUUUGUUUUUUCUGUGUUCUAAGAACUCAGGCAAUCUUAAGGAUAAAAACUAACAUUGGCCAGGCACGGUGGCUCACGCCUGUAAUCCCAACACUUUGGGAGACUGAGGCGGGCGGAUCACUUGAGGUCAGAGGUUUGAGACCAGCCAGGCCAACAUGGUGAAACUUCGUCUCUACUAAAAAUACAAAAACUAGCCAGGUGUGGUUCUCCAUGCCUGUAAUCGCAGCUACUCGGGAGGCUGAGGCAGGAGAAUCACCUGAACCCGGGAGGCAAAGUUUGCAGUGAGCUGAGAUCGUACCACUGUACUCCAGCCUGGGCGACAGAGCAAGACUCCGUCUCAAAAAAAAAAAAAAAAAAAAAAUACAGUUAAGAGGUGUAUACUGAUGAUUCUUCCCACUCAUUUGUUUGUCCAGAAGUAAAUAAAUGUCAGAAGUUUUCCAAGUAACUAUUUGUUCUUUUUGGGGUUUUUUUAGUUAGAGUCUUGAUCUGUCACCCAGGCUGGAGUACAGUGGCAGGAUCUCAGCUUAUUGCAGCUUCCAUCUCCCAGGUUCAAGCGAUCAUGUGCCUAAGCCUCCUGAGUAGCUGGGAUCACAGGUGUGUACCACCACGCCCAGCUGAUUUUUGUAUUUUUAGUAAAGACUUUUGCCAUGUUGUCCAGGCUGGUCUCGAACUCCUGGCCUCAAAUGAUCUGCCCACCUCUGCCUCCCAAAGUGCUGGGAUCACAGGCAUGAGCCACCGCACCCAGCCUUAUUCUGCUUAAAUUUAACGUGUUUUUUGACUUCUUAAUUAACUUGGUCAUAUACUAAAUGUGAUCUACUCCUGUGGAUUACCACAUGCAUUAAAAAAAUUUUCAAGCUGGGCAUAGUGGUGCACACCUGCAAUCCCAACACUUUGGGAGGCCAAGAGAGGAAGAUUGCUUGAGCCCAGGAGUUCGAGACCAAUCGAUGCAACGUAGUGAGACCCUGUCUAAUUUAAAAAAGAAAAAGAAAAAAACAUUCCCAGUGGCAGCCCGCCUAAGACUGUCUUACCUUAUGUUAAGGAAGUCAGGUAUUUAAAAUGUUACAUAUGCCAGCGCAGUGGCUCAUGUGUGUAAUCCCAGCAAUUUGGGAGGCUGAGACAGGUAGAUCAUUUGAGGUCAGGAGUUCAGAACCAACCUGGCCUACAUGGUGAAACCCCGUCUCAACUAAAAAUACAAGAAAUUAGCCGGGCAUGAUGGUGCAUGCCUGUAAUCCCAGCUAUUUGGGAGGCCGAGGCAGGAGAAUCACUUGAACCCAGGAGGCAGAGGUUGCAGUGAAUCGAGAUUGUGCCACUGCACUCCAGCCUGGGCAACAGAGCAAGACUUUGUCUCAAAAAUAAUAAUAAAAUGUUACAUGUGCAUGAAGUUUUAAAUUACUCAUUUUUAUUAAUGAAGAAAAUAAAGGUAGUUUAGACAUUCCAAGAGUUAACUAUAGUUUACAAAAAUAUAUUAAGCAAAAAUAUGCUUGAUAUAUUAAGCAGAAAUUUUGUAUAUUAAGCAAAAAUGUAAAAUUCAGCAAUUAUAAACUGUUCCUUACAGACAAUGUACUUGAAGUCUUUUGGUAGUUCUGAGAAUGUGGUCAUUGAAGUUGGAUCUAAGAGGAAAGUGGUUAUUGGUUCCUUUUUAUUUAUAAAGGAUGCAAAAAUAAAAUUAGAUUUUUGGCAGUCCUUAA